GGUUGUUUAUCAUGCGGAUUGGAUCGGCUCUGCUCUGUCCGCAAGAGAUUAAAUGUAAGAAAUUUUGGGAUAAUUUGGAGGAAGCUGUGUCUCUUUGUAAGGUGAUAAUACCGAAUACGUUUGUUCUCUUACCCCAGUGCAAUAUCCAUCCAUCCCAAGUGUCCAUCAAGCCCUUCACAUAGUUUUGCAUGCAAGCAUUCCUCUGUGAAUCUUCCGGUCAACUACGAAAAAGGACGAAUAGAUCUUCAUGUGUAUUGUGCAAUCAUGAGAGCUAGAAUUACCUAGUAGAACUUAAUUUUCUCUAUUCUCUUACGAACUUAUUGUGAUCCUAUUUUGAAAGAUUUAAAGAACCCAUCAUACAAUGAUGAACCUUCGCAUUUUGAAUCGUUUGAGAGGGAGCGUUGUGAAUGUCCUCCGAGCCUCGAGGUUCUCAUCAUCGGUCGAAGGUACAGGUGCAAAAGAAAUCAAUACAGAACCAAAUAGCAGGCCUAUUAUUGAUCCAGAUGUAAAUCCUCUGAUGAAAACGAGAGAAUUGGAGCUCUUACCAAAGUUUUCAGAACCACGCCAAGCCUGGAUUGAGACUCUCAAUUGUAUAGAUGAUAAAAUAAUCGGAUUAACUACUCUACAUCCCGAAGUAUUUGGUGUUGGCCCUCGGAUCGAUAUGAUUCACCUGAAUGUAAAAUGGCAGAGAAAUAUACGCUAUGUGUCUUUUGCACACGCUAAGACCCGCCACGAAAUGCCAGGUACUCGCAGGAAGCCGAGACCCCAGAAAGGACUAGGAAUGUCGCGUCACGGAGAUUUACGAUCGCCUCUCUUCACUAAAACUGGAGGCGUAGCACACGGACCUCGCUCCCCCACUCCUCACUUUUUUGUGCUUGGUAUUUGGGAACGGAUAAUUGGACUAACAUCAACUCUGUCCAUCAAGCAUGCUCAGGACGAUUUGCAUAUUGUCGACAGCUUAGACAUACCAACUGAAAACAAGGGUUACAUCCAGGACCUGGUGGAAGCAAGAAAAUGGGGACCAUCAGUUUUAAUGGUCGAUGUACCCGACUUGAUGCCGCGCAAUAUAACCGUUGCCACAGACGAAAUUAAACACAUCAAUUUAAUGCCAGUCUAUGGAUUAAACGUUUACAGCAUGUUAAAACACGACACACUCAUUCUAACCGUUGAUGCAGUGAAACGGAUUGAAGAGAAAAUCUUGUAUCAACUUAACAGAAUUGAUAAAGAAAAAGUCUGUGGAAAGUUUGAAAUAGACCAGUAGAAUGAAGUGAGUAAUUGUAAUAUUGUAAAUAAUGAAAAUCUUUUCAAUAAACCAGUUGUUUUUUAUUAA